AUGAGAUUGGAUUUAAGCGAAGCAAGAGUUCAGGUUUGGUUUCAAAACAGAAGAGCAAAAUGGAGAAAAAGAGAAAAAGCAUUAGGAAGAGAAACGGUCGGUUUCAUACAACACGAACAUCCAUCUAUGCCUGAUUUUGGUGUACACGCAGCCGCAGCAGCAGCAGCAGCAGCAGCUCAAUUAGGUUUUCCACCAUUACCCGCUGAUCCAUUUUGGCCUGGUUCCGCAUUGGGUUUUAAUUCAGGUAUUUUCGGUUUGCCUCCGAAUGCUGCAACCGCUGCUGCCGCACUCGGUUUGCCUUGGACAACAAACAAUGGAAAAAUUCCAAAUCCUUCUUUUCACAACAUAUUAUCACAAUAUAUGUUGGCAAAUGGCGGAUUGGCAUUGCCUCCAGGAUUAUCCCUCAGCGGAUUUCAUAUUCCGACACAUUCUCCCGCAAUGACUUCAUCUAAAUCUCACAGCAACAGCGAUUCUUCCGUCGAACCCGAUUACGAUUUAGCAAAUUCUGAUGCAUCUCGCAGUCCGCCACCUCCCUCGUCGACACCGCCAUCAUCUGCCGCUGUUGAAAAUAGAAUGAACAGCAUAGAAGCACUUCGUUUGAGAGCUAAAGAACACGUUUUAGAACAAAAUCAUCAACGACUUUUACAACUUCCCUCAUCGGUAACAAAAUCUGCCACGGUAACAAGUUAA